UCUUGUUUCUUUUCUCUCUCGCGCGUGCACAUGCAGCUCGUCUUCAAUAUGGCGACUCCCUCAUUCCAGUCGAAAAUACAGUGCAAAUAAAUUUCGCUCACGAGCUGAAAUAGUUCGAAAUUAAUUGGUUAAGAAGAAUACAUCACAAAACGUAACAAUGCCAGUCGUUCCCGGCGGAGCUUAUCAGCAGGGACCAACGUGUUUCGAUAGGAUGAAAAUGGGUUUCACGAUUGGUUUUUGCGUGGGAAUGGCUUCUGGCGCACUUUUCGGUGGAUUCACGGCACUAAGGCAUGGCCUGCGAGGGAGAGAAUUAGUGAACAACGUUGGCAAAGUUAUGGUACAAGGAGGAGGGACUUUUGGAACAUUUAUGGCGAUUGGAACUGGUAUUCGAUGCUAGUUAUACACAGAAGACAUUGUACAUAAUAAUAACUAUAGACUGUCUGGCAUUGUAAAACUCCAGCGUAUAUUGUUGUUUUUUUUAAAUAAAAUAAUUUUAAGAAGCAAGAGCAAGUGCACCUACCUUCUGAGGCAAUUACUGUAGUGUUGUCAAUGGGGUUAGUUUUCCCAGGAAUAUUUGUUCCAAAGCUUAAGUGUCGAAUUCUGUGAGUUAAGUUGAAUUGGGAUGAAGAGUAUGGUUGAACGUCAUGUACUAAGAUAAAAUACAUUUGAUUUUUUUUUUUGAG